GAAUGAGGGAUUGUGAGAUUUUCAACAAAACCGAUACUGUUUUUAAAGCAACAAAGUGAAAGGGAGGGGAGGGGGAGGAGGGGAAAGCUCUCCUUCCCAGAGGUGUGAAGAAAAAGAGAGACAGGGACUCGAUAAAGGAGCGGAAAGGCUUAAGAAUAAAGCGCCCAAACAAAAUCACAAAAAGAGGAAAAUGGUGGGAAUCUUUCUCCGCCUCACACUGUGCAGGCGAUCCUACAGCGCCACUCCUCCUCCCAACGCCAAUUUCUACUCCUUUUCAUGCUUACUCUCUUUAUCUUUUCGUUUUUUCACUGUCCGUCCUCGUUCUCUGUCUCUCUCAAUCACACAUACAGGCAAAGUUGGAUUUGUUGUGCUCCUGGCCUGAACUUAUGAACCCUUCUAUGGGAUUAUCACGUGGAGAUGCUUUCAGGGGAAAAUGAAGUUCCAUCGACAGAUGAGGAAACCAGAGAGGCAAGAUACAGGAUUGGUACGGGUUGGCACCGUCUCAGGGUUGAAGCUGUAAACAUGGAAUUCUGGCCUGUGGAACACCCAAUGGAACCACCCGAUGAAGAUCGGCCUGUGAAAUGCCCAAUGCCUGCCUCUUCUGCUCUCAACGAUGGUGGCAUGAAUGAUAGAAGAUUUUCUGAAAGCUUGCGGAAAAGGUCAGAAGUACCAGAUGUGGUAAGCACAGAAGGCGUGGAUGGUGCUGAUGUAUGGCCUCAUGUUCGAGCAGUGCGUAAAAGGCAACACAGUACUCUUACCCAUGGAGACCAGACCCCUCAGAUGAGAAUGCAACCUCUGCCCCCAACGCAGAAUACCAUCUUUCAAAUGCUGCAGCAGUUUGACGAGUUUGAAUCUUAAUAAAGUAUAAUGAGCUAUUCGGUCCCAAGCUUUUCUCAUUUUGUUCUCAUUUAACAUUCGGAAGUUGCGAAAAAUUCAUCUUGAUUACCAAAUGGUGUGGCUGAUUUAGAUCAAGAAAAAUCCUUGAUACAUAUAGCAAAGUCUUGUAACGCUAUAGCUAUUUUUGAA